UUCUCCUUCCUCUCUUUGGUUUAAGGCUCUCUAGAGUCUCCCGCCUCCACUUUCUUCAAAGGCGAAAUGAGUUCAGUUGCUGCCAGAAUUGUCAAGCAUUUAAGAAUAGCGGCUCCUACCAGAGCAACACCUUCACUUGGCGGGCAAACCAGUUUGAAAUUGUGGCACUCAACGUUGUCCUUCAGUGAUGUUGUGGACGAUGGAGUGAGCAAUGCAGACGUAGAGGAUGAUAAUCUUAUGCCAGAGAAGCCGGACUUGGAACCACAGGGUGUAGAUCCUCGUAGAGGUUGGGGUUUCAGGGGUGUACAUAAGGCAAUUAUUUGUGGCAAAAUUGGGCAGGCACCUUUGCAGAAAAUUUUGAGGAAUGGAAAGACUGUGACCAUAUUUACAGUCGGAACUGGGGGAAUGUUUGAUCAGAGAAUCAUAGGAUCAGAGAAUUUGCCCAGACCAGCACAGUGGCAUCGGGUUGCUGUGCAUGAUGAACAACUCGGAGCUUAUGCAGUUCAACAACUUGUCAAGAACUCUUCAGUUUUUGUUGAAGGUGACAUCGAAACAAGAGUCUAUAACGACAGUAUCAAUGGUCAAGUUAAAAAUAUUCCUGAGAUUUGUGUAAGGCGUGAUGGGAAGAUUCGUCUGAUAAAAACCGGCGAGAGCGUUAGCAACAUUUCCUUUGAUGAUCUAAAGGAAGGACUAUUCUAGCCGGAGAAUCUCAGCAUUACUCUGGGUAUCUUUUUCUUGUAAAAAUAGUCACUGCUGAAGCGUCAUAGUUUUGUAA